AUGGAUGCCUCCAUUGUGGCCAAACUUCCACAACAUCAUCAUCAUCAUCAUCAACAUCCAAUACAUCAUCAUCACAGCGAAUUCCCGUUACCCGAUGGCUGGGACAUUGCCAGGGAUUUUGAUGGCAAAACCUAUUACAUUGAUCAUAUCAACAAAAAGACCACAUGGCUCGAUCCACGAGAUCGCUACACAAAACCGCAUUCUUUCGAGGAUUGUGUGGGCGAUGAGCUGCCCGUGGGAUGGGAGGAGGCGUAUGACUCGAAUAUCGGUCGCUACUACAUCAAUCACAUUGCGCAGAGCACACAGCUCGAGGAUCCGCGCCAGGAGUGGAAGAGUGUCCAGGAGCAAAUGCUUAGCGAUUACCUGUCCGCUGCCCAGGAUCAGUUGGAGAACAAGCGCGAGAUGUACGAUGUGAAACAGCAGCGUCUCCAUCUCGCCCAAGAAGAAUACAAUCAUCAUCUGAACAAAUUGGCCGCCAGUCGCAGCAGCUUAUGCUCGUCGUCCAGUUCGAUGAGUCGACACGAUCCAGAUCUGUUGCGUGCCGAUCUGAUGACAGCGCGUGAGCGUGUGCGUCAAUUGAAGCAGGAGCUGAAUCACAUUACCAACGAUAUAACCUACACGCAGCGGGGCAUGAACACCCUGUAUUCGGUGGGUGAGAAGAUCAAUGCGCGCCAAAAUGGCUGCUAUGAUAUUGCCGAGGUGCAGGCGAUACGCGAGGAGAUGCUUAAGGUGCACAAAUCGCUCGUCUCCGGCGAGAAGGUGCGCGAAGAGCUGAUGCGCAGCCUCGUCCAAAUCAAGAACGAACUGAGUCGCCAGCAGAUCAGCGAAGAGAAUGCCGAUCUAUUAAAUGCUUCCUCGCCCUUCGACCGGGUUUGCGUUGCCAGCCAGACAGAUCUGUGCGGCGGUGCCGGGGAGCAUUUGAAUAGUGGGGCACGUUUCGCCGAAAUGGCCAAGACGAAGCUACAGUAUGCGGAGUGGCGCAAGCACAUCAAGAAGCUGCAACAACAGCUCGCCGAUCAUGUGGAACGCAUUGAGCCCGGCCAGCUGGAAUCGGACAAGGAUCGAAUUCUGCUCAUCCAAGAGAAGGAGAAGCUGCUCAACGAUCUGAACAGCAUAUCCCUAAAGUCCCGCACAGCCGAAGAGAAGAAGGUCAUACAACAGACGCGCCAGAAACUCGAGGAGGACCUCAAUGAGGCGUAUGAGGCAACGAACACUUGCAUUGCGAAUCGAUUGCGUUUCCACGAGGAGAAACAACUGCUGCUGGACAAACUGCAGGAGGCGCUGAAGUCAACCAAUUUGCUCGAGGAGCGCCUGAAGUCAUUCUCGUCGGAGAGCACGUUCUCAAUAAGCAGCGGCAGCAGUCUCGGCUCCCUGUCCACCGCGAGCAGCAAGAGUGCGCUCAGUUUUACGGACAUUUACAUUGAUCCCUUUGCCGUCGAUGCGCACAUCGAUGUCGUCGAUUUGAAGCGACACUCGCAUCGACUAUUCCAGCAGCAGCCGCAGCGUCUGCCACCUCCACAUCCAGCCCUGCAACAGCAACAACAGCAGCAGCCACCUGUAUCGGAGGUAUCGUUGUCGCCGCGCAGCAGUCUGUCGAUGGAAACGCCGCCCGCCUCUCCCCUGAAAUACAAUGCCAAUGCCGAUCAACAGCAGGCACAGCAGCCAGCAACAGGUGCCCCAGCGGCGUUAAAGGAGGAACCCACCUAUGCCAAUGCGCCGCUAGCGACGAUCCCAGCGCCGCCCGCCUACACAGCACCACCAGCUGCACCGCUGGGCGUGCGUCCGCAUCCGUAUGAUCUGGACUCUACAGUCUUGGAUUGUAUGAUGCUUGAGGCGAAGCUGCAGAAACUGAACCUUGGCUCACCGCUCAAUCUAAAUGGGCCGUUGUCACCCAUUUCGGAGAAGCCAUCUCUGCUCGACCUGCCGCAAGAGAUGCUGUCGCGCUCCUCCUCCACCUCGAAUACACGCUCCGUGUCCGCAGCCGUCAGCAAUGAGUCUGUGGCCGGUGACUCUGGCGUCUUUGAGGCAUCGCGUGCCCAUUUGCCACGCAAGGAAUUGGCCCAGGUGCAGAUCGGCCUGAAGUAUCUGAAGCAGGAGGGCGUGCUCGUCGUCUCCCUGGAGCGUGCCAAUAAUCUAUCCGCACUCUGGACAGCCUCCACGGAUAACUCGCAAGUCUAUUUGCGUGCCGCCUUGCUGCCCAAUUCGUUGACCUCCAUACGCACCAAGGCGCUGGGUGAUUUCCAGAAGCCCGUCUUCAAUGACACUUUUGCGGUGCCCAUUUCGCUGGAUAAGCUGCUCACCAAGAGCCUGCAGGUGACCGUCGUCAGCAUGACCGGACAAAAGGAGGAGAUUAUUGGCACUGUGCAAAUCAGCAUGGCCGAAUUCAAUCCAGAGGACUCCACGCUCAAGUGGUACAAUGUGGUCAGCUCCAAGUUUAUGCCCAGCUUCGAGUCACUCGAUUUGCCCUCCACAAGUGCGGCAGCUGCAGCAGCCGCUGUCGCCGCCAGCAGCAGCAACAACAACAACAACCGAGAAGAAUCCUCGGAUGAGUCAACGAUUACAUCGUCGCAAACAUCGACGCUGACGCGCAAUCAGGCGCCUCCAUUGGAGCUGCAGGAGCAAAUAGCCGAGGAGCUGCCCGAGCAUGUUGGCGGCGUUAGUGAGCCGCAUUGCAGCGACGACGACGAUGAUGACGAUGACGAUGACGAGGAGGAGGAGGAGGAGGAAGACGAGCAGCAACUGGUCGGCACAAUUGGUCUAACGCACACUGGUUGCAUGCUGGACCUGGCCUAUUUGGAGAAUAUGAAGCAGGAGUAUGCCGAUAAGGAAACCAACACCGAUUGCGCCUUUCCGCCGGAGAAGCUGCGCAGCCAGUCCCAGCUGUUGGACGACAGGCCCGUAAAGCGAUCGCAGACUUUUACACCAUCGGCGGCGGUUAGCAAGAACCGUUACAAUUGCCGUCUUAAUCGCAGCGAUUCGGAUUCGGCGAUGCACUUUGGCGUGGCACCUCACAGUUUCCAUCGCGGUGCCGUGGAGCGUCGCUCGCUGCGCCUCCAUCCCAAGGCGACCAAGUCAUCAAAGCUGCAUCAUACUCACAUACCACGCACUAGCUUGGACCUGGAGCUGGAUCUGCAGGCGCAGCACAGCAAGCUCUUCUUUCUCAACGAUCAAAUCUCCAAGCUGCAGAACCUUAAGGAAGUACUUCAGAAGGCCUGCGAUAACAAGGAUCCGCUAAUUGCGGCCUGGGCCAUUGAGAACGAGGAAUUCCAGCGUCUGGUGGCACGUGCCGAUCCCACCAAGUGUCCCGAGGAGCGGCUGCUGCACAAGCUGCUCAUGAAGACCACCAAAGAAAUACACAAGCUGCGCAAAACCAAGGUCCCCAAAGGCUGCCCAGAUCUGGUUUCAUUCAAAGAGAAGAUCACGUUCUUUACGCGCAAAGGAAUGCCUGUGCCCGAGCUGCCCAGCGACUUUAUGCUGCCCGAUGCUAAUGCCAUCGAAGAGGAGGAAGAGGAGGAGGAGGCGGAGGAAGAUGAAGUGGAGGAGAAAAUUGUCAUUAAUUCGGCUCUGGUCGCAAGCAGCAAUAGGAAUAAGAAUCUCAGUGAGCAUCAUCAUCGAGCACAAGCUAAUAAGCUGCCUGCCACGCCCGUCGUCCCUGUUGCACAGUGUAAUGAGACCAGUGAGGAGAAGUCGGAGCAGCCACGCUACGACUACGUAGUCGAUCGCAACUAUGGCGUCGAGGUGUAGUCAACACCAACACCACCACUCCCCCUCUACCCACCACCUAUGUUGUACAUUUUUGUAAUUAUAUUUUCGGUAUUUAUUUGCAUUAAGCAGAAAGUAUUUAUGUGUAUAAAAGAUGAGGAAGAUGAAGAGAAACUAGAUGAAACUGAUGUAACAAAUAUUUGUGCCUUAUAGAAAGAGUUGGAGCAGCCAACAAAAACAGCAACAACAGCAAAAACAACAAAUACAACAACAGCAGCAACAUGAAACAUGCAACAUGCAAGAAAUGAUAUAAUUAUUUGUAAUUGCAUAGAACUAAUUAGGCGUAUACAGUAAUAGCAUAGACCCUUAGUCAGUUUGUACUAAUUGACCCACACAAGCCCCCCUUUACACACUCAGCCCCAACACAGCUCCACAAACAACCCUGUAUGAAAAGAGCAAAGAAUUCCCUGAAAUUACCCAAAAAAAAAACACCCCCACCCCCCAAAAAAUAAACGCGCACAUUGCGCGUUUCGAAACUGUCAAAUUCAUAUUGAAAACCAACUGUAUUCUUAAGACUUGAGCAAAUUAUACGAAUGUAGAGGAAUAUUUUUUAUAUAUAUACAUAAAUACGUAUAGCAACUAGUGAUACAUUUUACAUUAGUUUAGUGAAAACACACCAACACCAACAAAACAUACAAAAAAAAAACCGAAAUGGAAAAUAUUUAUUAUAUACAUACAUUAAAUAUAUAUGAAUAGAGAUGAUUGCAGAUGACUCCAAUCAAUCUGUUCAGUUUAGUUUAAUUAGCUUGCGUUUUUGUUAAGCUCAAAACGAAUUCUACUUUUUUUUAUAAAAAAACCUAUUAAAAAAAAAAAACAAAAAAAGUCCAUGUACCAUAUUAGUUAAACGCCAUGUGCCGCAUAUCGUCCAUAUGGUCUAUCUAAGAACGCUCCAUAACAGAAAACAAAAGAGAAAGAAAACUAUGAAGAUGAAAAAAAAAGAAAAAAGAAACUGAAUAACAAUACUUUGUUAUGUUUUAUUGAGCGAGCCUGUUGAAAUUGUUAAGCUAUUGCCCUGGAGCUAUGAAUUUGAAGAAAUCAAAACGAAACAAAUGGAAAAAAAACUAAACCAUUAAGUUAUAAUUUAAGCUUAGUUUUAGUUUCUGCUUUCUCAGCUCUUUGUAAGCAAUCGCUGUUGUUUUGUUAACACUAAUCGCGCCCCGACCCUCCCCGCCCCAACAACUCAGUAAUAGUAAUAACGGAAAGCGAGCCCCACAUAUAUAUAUAUUUACGGUCGUAAUUUAGCUGUAAUAAAUUAUAUGAAUGAGAACAUGUAUAUUGUAAUUGUGCAAUAAACAAAAAAAAAAUUCUACUGACAUAACUGAA